AUGACCCACAGCCACCGACCCUCCAGUCCUGCCCUGGCCCUCGUCUUGCUGUUCAUGCUGCUGGGUGGUGCAGCAUGGGCUUCAGAGAUUGUGGGUGGGCGGGACGCCAAGCCCCAUUCGCGGCCCUACAUGGCAUCACUACAGAUCACAGGAAACCACUUCUGUGGGGGCACCUUGAUCCACCCGAGUUUCGUGCUGACCGCUGCUCACUGCCUGGUGAACAUGCCCCUGGCUCUGGUGAAGGUGGUGCUCGGGGCCCACAACCUGCAGGACAUGGAACCCAGCCAACAGCAAUUCUUCGUCACUCGCCUGUUUUCCAACAACUAUAUCCCAGAGCAACACCUCAAUGACAUCCUCCUCCUACAGCUGGACCGCCCCGCCAACCUCAACACCCAGGUCGCAGUGGCCCCGCUUCCCGAGCAGGACCAACUGCUGCCCCACGGCACCCAGUGUCUGGCCAUGGGCUGGGGCCGCCUGGGCACCCGUGCACCAUUGCCUAACAUCCUACAGGAGCUGAAUGUCACUGUGGUCACCUUCUUUUGUCGGCCAGAGAAUGUGUGCACCUUUGUUCCUCGUCGCAAAGCUGGCAUCUGCUUUGGGGACUCUGGCGGCCCCUUGAUCUGCGACGGCGUCCUCCAGGCCGUGGACUCCUUCCUGAUCCGGGAGUGCGCUUCCCAACAGUACCCUGACUUCUUCGCUCGAGUUGCCCUCUACGUGGACUGGAUUCAGUCUGUGCUGAGAAGCGUGGGGGGUGAGGGCAGCCCCUGA